UUUUAUGUGAAAUAAACAUGAAAAGUGGGAGGAGAGGGAAGAAGCAGCAAAAUAAUCCAAAAGACGAUAAACGGUACAACCAUUCACGCCUUGAUAAGUCGGUCGAUACUGCACUGGAUUAAUCGGGAUUAUCAAAGCAUAUAGUAGUUAUAUGUGAUAUAGAUAUGUGAUAUGACAUUAGAAAAUGAUAUAUAUCUUAUGAUCUUAUAAUGUAAAUCGAGAAUAUGUCAGCAAUGAUUGCGGACCCCCACCCAUUUGGCGGCACACCUCUUGCUAUGCUGGCAGCCCAGUGUAAUAAGAUUUCAGCUAAGACCCAAGCUCCUUUAAGCAACAACGACAUGGCCAAAGGAUUUCAUCCAUGGAAGAAACCAAUAACUGCUAUGGAUGCUCCGAGUCCAUUGUCUUUCACGUCUCAAAGAAUGACCGGUUUUAACUCGUCAAUGUCAAUGACGUCAUCAGGAUUCAACUAUGCGCGCGCAAAUACUUUGCAAAGUUGUGCUGGCGCUUACGGAAGUGAACUAUUUUAUCCUUCAUCGACAGGAAGUUCAUACACACAUUCUCAAACUGAAAGCUGCCAAUCAGCGUUAUCGCAGAAAGUUUAUAGUGACAGUGGGCUAGCGUUAUCACAGAAAGUGUACAGUGACAGUGGGUUUUCUAACUCAAACUUAGGCAACAUGUAUUCAAGAGUGGCGAAUGCACCAAUAUAUGACUCAUGGUCUUCGUAUAUGCCAAGUGCAAAUACUCAUGGUUUAAAAACUGACUUGUCUAGUUCUGUGAACUCGCCGGCCUCCUGGUGGGACAUGCAUUCAAACCCAUCAAAUUGGCUUUCAGACAUUACUGGAUCGUCGAAUAGUAUUCAUUCUCAAAUUAGUACAAACUACCCGAAUUCGGACUCUUUAAACGCCUUCGGGCAUGCUCUAGGUUCAAAUGGGACUACUUUUCCUCAUUUGUUGCAGGAUACAUAUAAAUCAAUACUUCCGUCCAAUAGUGAUUUAACUGCUUCCGCCGUAAAUCCUUUUGCACUCUCCCGCACUGCCGCCAUGUCAUCCUUAAACCCAUCAAGGUCACAGAGACGCUAUACAGGAAGAGCGACAUGCGACUGCCCGAACUGCCAAGAAGCAGAACGCCUGGGUCCUGCGGGGGCUCAUUUAAGAAAGAAGAACCUACAUAACUGCCAUAUUCCCGGAUGUGGAAAGGUUUAUGGGAAGACAUCACACCUGAAAGCUCACUUAAGAUGGCAUACUGGGGAGCGGCCAUUCGUCUGUAACUGGUUAUUUUGCGGGAAACGCUUCACGCGUUCUGACGAACUACAGCGCCAUCUUAGAACGCAUACGGGUGAGAAGAGAUUCGCGUGUCCAACAUGCAAUAAGCGUUUCAUGCGCAGUGAUCACCUCAGCAAACACGUGAAAACACAUAAUAAUGACAGUAAAAAAUCGGCGAGCGGAAGUGACUCGGAAAAUAGUCAGGAUACGAGCGCUAACUCUCCAGUAAAAAAUGGCACCCAACAAAGCUCGCCUUUGAAAACUAAAAGUUAAAAUGAGGAGCUACAUUUAAUUUAUUAACUGUUAAAUUUGUUUCAGUGCCUACAGAAACCAAAUUGUGUCGGUAUCCGGAUAUGUUUCUGCUGCUAAGGUUGAACGAAAGAAGACAGUGUAUAAUGUGAAAUAAUACCCUGAAAAAAAAUUGUUCAUUUCAUGAUAAAAACAACAUACUUGGUACAUUCGUAGAUUAAAGUAAGUUGGUCGCUUCGCUAUGGACCCAAAAGUAUCCGAUUUUAAGGUGACCGCCAGCAGCUGCUAAAAAGAUGUUUUAAAACUGUUUGCAAGUGUUGCGGUUUUGCUGAAUUUAAAAUUACAGAAUACAUUUUCAUUACAGUUUCAGAAAAAGUAUAGAGUCUACAUUUCCUUGUAAUCAUUGAACUACAACUGUUGUCAAAUUUGUUGCUUUUUUAGACAGAGAACAAUUUCAGUGGUAUGAAGCACGAUAGUCUCGCACUGAAUGGUAUAACAGUUAUCGUGUUUAAUCGGUAAAAUUAAAGUAUGUCAAUCAAAAAGAAGUGUUUAAUCAUACUGGUAUUAUAUUGAAUUCAUUUAUGUGAUAUUUAUUGUUAUACAGAGAGAAAUGAUUAACGACAUUGUUGGUGCUUUGUGAAAUUCUCCGUCCAGAGUUUAACUAAAUUUGCCUGCUAUUAUACAUACAUUAUAUAUUUCAAUUGUAAAAACAAGCACAUGGAAUGAUAUAUAUAAACUCGCACUGUUUUCCAAAAUUAAAUGUCAUAAAUCAAUUUUUACACAUAAAAUGUAAGUACCGUUAUUUAUCCCAGUGGAAUAUAUAUCCUGUAACAACACUUCAAAAACAGAACAGAGAUUCUUUGAACUGACAUAUCCUUCUUCCUGUCUACGUGGUAACACCAGAAUAUAAUUUCUUUCAGAAAUAACGCAAUAGUUUAGAGCGAUCGUUUAACCCUUUUCAUGCUGGACACGACUGAUUCUGCCUUUGCGUCCAGUGUAGAUCAUGAUCAGUCUGCACAUCCGUGCAGUCUGAUCAUGAUCUGCACUGUUCGCCAUUUAGUCAGUUUUUUUGUAAGCCCCUCUUUUAACAGUUAAUAGUGCUGUCCAAUGUAAAAGAUAGACAAGUUCAUUAGGGUUAGGAUUAAUAGGAAGAUGUAUCUCAUAAACGAUGCCGUCUCCAGUUAAAAUGCUAUUUCCCUAUAUCUAUUAAAUAUUUACAAGACACAUUUAAUAUUAAAGUAGUCAGUUUUUGAAGGUAAUAAAUGUUUUACAUGAAUUUGUUUCAUUUAUAUUGAAAUGUAUUAUGUUAUAAAGAUAAUGAUCAUACUAUGCAGUUAUAAGAUUGUAAGUUUAUACUGUCAUACACAGGUUUACACUUGAAUGUUUUAUUAAUUUUGUGUAAAACUACUGCUUACAACAUAUAUGCAAAGUGCAGGGGCUGUCUGAAGAGACGUUUUACAAAAAUAAAUAGAAAGAACUUUG